AUGAGAAAAAAGCAGCGUCUCGAUCAAGAAGUUCAACGUCAAACCCAAGAUAAAGUAGACAGGCAAGUGCGUCUGGACGUGAAGCGCAAAGACGUAAAGAAAACCGAGCUCAAGAGCCAGACGAAAUACAACAAGCUAGGCUACAAGAGCAAUCAUUGCGACAGCAAGCUCUGCGUGAAGAGGAAAGAGCAAACAGCCAACUACAGAGCGGCAGAGAUAGAAGAAGAAAGGGGAAGAAAGACGAGAACAGAGUCAAUCUCGAAUGGAACGUUUGCGAGAGAGAGAGAGGAAGACGAGGAAUUACUUCGUGCCAUGAAUGCAUUGGAACAUGCUGAAAUUAUACCAUUGGAAACUGAAGAGGAGAGCACUUUUCGCGAAGAGCUAUUGGCUGCCCGCAACCGUGCGGGAGUGCCAAGAACUCUUAGAGCGGCUUGCAAAACAUUGGCUUCCGAAGACCGAGUUCCAUUGCACGAUUGUGGAGAAAUGACCGUCAAUUGCGGCGAAUGUAAUGCCAGGCAUUUCAAGGGUGAACAACCGACAGACAAGAAAUUCACCCAAUGCUGCGCAAAAGGAAAGGUGAUUCUCCCUCCUCAAAAAGAGUGCCAUCAACCGCUGGUUAAACUAUUGCAGAAUCACCAUCCAAAGGCGAAAGCGUUUAUGACGAAGAUCCGCAAUUACAACAGCGCUCACGCUUUUGCUUCGUUGGGAGCCAAUAUUUCAUCUCCCCCAGGGCGUGGACCUUAUUGUUUCAGAAUCCACGGUCAAGUGUACCACAACACCACACCCGUCGGCCCCAAUACGAAUAAUCCUAGGUAUGCGGAUCUUUAUUUCAUGGACGCUGCGCAGGCUGGCGAGUUCAGAGCGCUUUCCACCUCAAACGGAGGAUGCUGCAGAAACUUGAUGGAGGAAUUGGACACAAUGCUCCGAGAAAAGAAUCCGUACGCAGCCAUUUACAAGAUGAUGCGUCAAGUGCUUGAAGAAGAGUACCGCCGAGCCCAAGAUGAGAAUCUACCUCACCAAACAGUAGGAAUGAUCAUCAGCAGUGAUCGAAGAAAUCUAGAUCAGAGACGUUACAACAGCCCGACGACAAACGAGAUUGCUGUCAUUUUCAAAAGCGCAAACGGUGAGCCGCCAGCGAAGAGAGAUAUCCGUGGCCAUCUCUUCAUCCCAGUCAGAGGGAGAACAUUCGUUCAGAUUGACACACAACAGCCCAUGUGCGACCCAAUGACUUACCCUUUGCUCUUCCCCAACGGUGACGAUGGCUGGCAUGUAAACAUGCCUUAUACCACCACUACACGACGUGAAAGAGAGGAAGCAGCAGCACGGGCAAUGGAUGUGGAUGAAGAGGAAGAGAUCGAUCUCCCAAGACUUGAUGAAAUGCUGCGGCCAGAAAAUGCACCAGUAGAAGCCUUAGCUGUGGAAAAGCUGGUGGAAGAACCAGAACCGGAACCAGAGGAGCAAAUGGAUGACGACGAUAACGAUCCCCAUCGAUUGAAUCGUGGCGAAGGAAGACGAAAAACGAUCACGCAGUGCGAAUUUUACAGCUUUCUCAUGUCGAUUCGGGAAUAUUUCAACAAAGUUUUGGCCGGCGGAUCACUCACUCAGCAAUGGACGGUCGAUUCUUACGUCAAGAUUGAAGCCAACCGCGUCAAGUACAUCCGCGAACAUCAGGUGGAGCUUCACGUGGCUCAAUACGACGGUCUCUUGGACUACUUGCAUAAUCGCGCCGAACGAGAAAACCUUACAGUCGGAUCUUAUCACGUCCUCCCAUCGAGUUUCAUCGGAAGCCCAAGGGCGAUGAAGCAAGCGUACCAAGAUGCAAUGGCCAUCUGUGGUAAAUUCGGCAAGCCAGUAUUCUUCCUGACUUUUACCUGCAACCCAAAGUGGAGGGAAAUCACGGCCAACAUUCCCAGCCAUCUGUCGGCAUCAGAUCGACCCGAUAUAGUCGCAAGAUUCUUCCAGCAAAAGAAAAUUGAGUUGGUCAACGACAUUGAAAAGCGCCAGGUGCUGGGAUUUGCGACUGCACGGAUACACGUCAUUGAAUUUCAGAAGCGUGGAUUGCCCCACUGUCACAUGCUCAUUUAUAUCGACGAGCGUGACGCCCCUGCUACAGCGGAAGAUGUGGAUGCAACCAUAUGCGCGGAAAUUCCCGAUAGUACAACGCAUCCGAGACUGUAUAAGAGCGUCAUGACCCACAUGAUUCACGUUCCGUGUGGGUUGAUCAACAAAAAAUCCCCUUGCAUGGACGGGGACAAGUGCUAA